GGGAGAGGCCCCCGGAAGUGAUGCAAGGGGAAGCCCACGUGUACGAUUCCAUCCCACAUGGCGGUUCUCCUGAAGAGGCUGCUGCAGUCGGCGAGGCGCCCUGCGGCCUUGGGCCGCCCCAUGGGACGUCGCGAGGCCAGCCUGGGCACCGAUCCCGGGGCUGCGGUGCGAGUGCGGUUCGCCCCCAGUCCCACAGGCUUCUUGCACCUGGGCGGUCUCCGCACUGCCUUGUACAACUAUAUCUUUGCCAGGAAGCACCGAGGGAGCUUCAUCCUCAGGCUGGAGGACACGGAUCAGACCCGCCUUGUGCCUGGGGCAGCAGACAAUAUUGAGGACAUGCUGGAGUGGGCAGGUAUCCCGCCUGAUGAGAGCCCCCGCCGGGGAGGUCCUGCUGGGCCCUACCAGCAAUCCCAGCGGCUCGAGCUAUACGCCCAGGCCACAGAAGCGCUGCUGGAGUCCGGCGCCGCUUACCCCUGCUUCUGUUCACCACAGCGGCUGGAGCUCCUGAAGAAGGAGGCCCUGAGGAACCACCAGACGCCCCGGUAUGACAAUCGGUGCCGGAACUUGAGCCAGGGGCAGGUGGCCCAGAAGCUAGCCAAAGGCCCCAAACCUGCCAUCCGCUUCCGCCUGGAGGGGGAAGCACCGGCCUUCCAGGACCUGGUGUAUGGCUGGAAUCGGCAUGAGGUGGCGCAUGUGGAGGGGGACCCGGUCAUCCUGAAGAGCGAUGGCUUCCCCACCUACCACCUGGCCUGCGUGGUGGACGACCACCACAUGGGCAUCAGCCACGUGUUGCGGGGCUCCGAGUGGCUUGUCUCCACCUCCAAGCAUCUGCUCCUCUACCAGGCCCUGGGCUGGCAGCCACCUCACUUUGCCCACUUGCCCCUGCUCCUCAACAGGGAUGGCAGCAAGCUGUCCAAGAGGCAAGGGGACAUUUUCUUGGAGCAUUUUGCAGCUGCUGACUUCCUGCCAGAUGCCUUGCUUGAUAUCAUCACUAACUGUGGCUCCGGGUUUGCAGAGAACCAGAUGGGCAGGACCUUGCCAGAGUUGAUAACACAGUUUGACCUGACCCGGAUCACCUGCCACUCAGCCCUGUUGGACCUGGAGAAGCUCCCAGAAUUCAACAGGCUGCACCUCUGUCGUCUGGUGAGCAGCGAGACCCAGAGGCGUCGGCUGGUGGGGAAGCUGCAGGCCCUGGUGGAGGAGACGUUCGGGAGCCAGCUGCAAGGCAGGGAGGUGCUGGACCCAGCCUACGUGGAGAGGAUCAUCCUGCUGAGACAGGGUCACGUUUGCCACCUGCAGGAUCUGGUCUCCCCAGCAUACUCGUACCUGUGGACUCGCCCUGCAGUGAGCCGAGCGCAGCUGGGCAGCAUCUCGGAGAAGGUGGAUGUGAUUGCAAAGCGCGUGCUGGGGCUUUUAGGAGGAUCCAGUACGAGCUUAACUCAGGACAUGCUGAAUAGAGAACUGAAGAAGGUAUCUGAAGGUCUGGAAGGGACCAAACACAGUACUGUGAUGCGGCUCCUCCGAAUGGCCCUCAGCGGACAGGUGCAAGGCCCCCCUGUAGCCGAGAUAAUGGUGUCCUUGGGAGCAAAGGAAGUGCGGGAACGAAUACAGAAGGUGCUUUCCAGCUAGAGAGAAGAUGUGCAGGACAGUGGAGGUGUCCCUAGGAACCUGGACGGUCCUGGAAACUGCCUUCAGAAGGAAGCAGAGGGGCCUAGAGCCCACUGGUGGAAGGAACUCUGAGUGGAAAGUCUCCGGAUACACACAGUACAUUUAUGGCUUCUUCUCACCUCGUGUCUGGUU